GUUUCUUACAGAAAAGCCAUGGAGGUGCAAUCGUAUCUUUUACAGAUGCGCACCAAAAAAUGCAUAUCUGAUCCAGCCAAUAUUGAUAUCCUGCUGCUGUUGGAGCAUGUGCCGACAUUCACUGCUGGCAGACGAAUUAAAGGGACAGAUGAUACUGAAGGUGCUCGAUUAAGAAACUUGAAUGCUGAAUAUUUUCAGACACUACGAGGUGGACAGACUACUUUUCAUGGACCUGGACAGCUGGUUGGAUACCCAAUCUUGAACUUGAAAACCAUGAAAAUUGGAGUGAGAUGCUACGUCGAUAGAUUAGAAAAGGUUUUGAUUGAUGCAUGUAGUCACUACAACAUUAAAGCAGGCACGACUCAUGACACUGGUGUGUGGGUUGAUAACCGCAAGAUCGCUGCAUUAGGCAUCCAUGUAUCGCAUCAUAUUUCAACACAUGGAUUUGCGUUGAAUUGCAACACAGAUCUAAAGUGGUUUGAUCAUAUUGUUCCGUGCGGACUUCCCGAUAAAAAAAUGACAUCCAUUUCGCAGGAA